AUGGGAUAUGUGGACCAAGGAUGGUUACAGAAAGAUGGCAAGUAUAGUAUCAAAAGUGGAUACAUAUGGAGGCUAGGAAGAACAGAAAAAUGGCCUUGGAGCAGGUGGAUAUGGAACAAAAGGAAUAUACCUAAACACAGUUUUAUAUGUUGGUUGGCUGGACAUGGCAGAUUGCUAACAAGAAUGAGAAUGCGGAAAAUGGGAAUAACACAGGACACAAUGUGCACAAUAUGUGACCGUGCACCUGAGACAGUUGAACACUUGUUCUUUGAAUGCCAAUUUUCUAAAGAAUGCAUGAAGAUCAUUGUCAACUGGCUAAGCAUUGGAAUACAGAACUUCACCUUGCAAGGUAUCUGGAGAAGACUAACAAGAGGCAUCAAAGGGGAAGAAUGCAGGAACCAGAUGAAUGCAAUACUAGUAGCACUGAUAUACUACAUAUGGAAGGCAAGAAAUGAAGCACUAUGGCAUCAAAGAGUACCUAAACCUGGGAAAGUAUGUGCACAAGUUCAACAGGAAUGCAGGCUAAGAUUGGAGAAUAAUGACAGGAAGGAAGGAAGGAAGUAG